AUGAAAAUCUACAUAUUUGCAUACGUCUUCAUUCUCUCCAUUUUCGCAUCCCGGGGAGUAAAAUUGGAGAAUUCUCAUUAUAUCCGCACGCAAUUGUUAAAGAGAGCUCAUGCAAAAAAGACGGCAAAGAAGAAGGUGUUAAAAUUGAAUCCCCGUAGGGAGGAAAACUACCUGGAGACGAUUCAGUCGAACAUAGCGAAGGCUGCCAGGGGGGUCAACAGUCCAGGCGGCUUGAUUAUAAUGACGCUUGCGCUGGGCUCGCUAGUGGGCUUCUUCUACAAACACAGGCAAGAAACGACGGGGGAAGGAUCACACGGGUCCAGCGGGUCCAGCGGGUCUAGCGGGUCAACCCGGUCAACCCCGUCGAGCGGCUUGUUCAAAUACAAAUGCGUUAAAUGCAACUUGGUGAUAUUUCCAUCCAAAGGGAGGGACCAAAAAUUCGUAAAGGAGGUAGGUAAAGGAGAGGUAGGCAAAGGAGGGAGGCAAAGGGGGUAG